AGUGUUUAGGGCGUGUUAUAGGUAGUGCGUUAAAAUUUCAAACAGCAUCCAUAAAAUGCAAGCUCUGGUACCGAUAGCCUCGGUGGCUGUGCUGAUAGCCUCGAUGGCAGCCAUUUUUUGUUCAGCAUCAGUAGUAGAGUCAAUGCUGGAAGACAUAGUUAACAUUAAAAAUGGAGAAUCAUACGCUGUGGAGUGUUUUCUGAACAGUGGAUUGAGAAUUGACUCGUUACAAGCCUUAAAAUCCGGCAAUUUCUCUUCUUCAGGAGACGGUGCCAAGUGCCUAGUGAAAUGUUUCUUCGAAAAAGCCGGUUUCAUGAAUGCACAGGGUGCACUUCAAGAAAAGGCAAUAGUAGAACAACUGACAUCGUUUUUGUCAAAAAAGCAAGUGGAAUCGAUGGUGAAAAACUGUAACAUUCAAGGAACUAAUUCCUGUGAUACAGCCUACCGCGUGUCAGAGUGCUACUUCAAAAAUAAAGCCGGAUUGUUCUGAGUAAUCCACCGGAAAAUUACCGCUGUGCACUGUUAGCACGUGAUUCCCAACACAACUGAUGGAUUAUUAUUGACUGAAUUAAAUGCUAAUUACGUACCAUUCACACCGCUGAAGCUUGUGAUAGGUCAUUCGAUGAGCGUAGAAUGGAACGUUGUAAUAAAACUUACAAA